AACCAGACUGCCUUGCACGUCGGCUCCGGCGACGAGGUGCGGUGUGAUACCCGCAUACCGGUCCAUUAGCUCAAACGAGACAGGAAUCCGCGACAAUCCCAACAGUGAGGCAUUCAAAGAGCCGUGACACUCUCCCCUGUGGCCAGUCGAGUGCGAAGAACGUUAAAUUCGCGAGGGGCGCUGGGUGGCUUCGCAUAGUCAAGGACAAAGCUCGAAAGUUUUUCGUCCACGUGACAGUUGAUCGAUACACAGACUGGCCAAAAGUAGCAAACGAGCUAACUGCUCGAAUAACGAUUAAAGUACAAUAAAUCGAGCAGUGAUUCUGCAAGAAAGACGCUCUCAUGUAUAAUACAUGUAAUAAUUUUUAAGUGAUUAGGAAUGUUGUCAAUUUUAUGCAUUUAUGAGAAACUUGAAGGUAGUUUCAAAUAAAGAUCAAAAAAUUAUUUUAAAUAAUGAUAAAAAUAAAAAUGUAGAAAAUACAGAUAAUACACAGAAAACAUGAAAAAUAUCCAAAAUAGAAUAAAACUAUUUUCUACCUAAGUUCCAUUAUUUUACUUGCAUUUACCAAAAUAUGACUGCAUAAAUAUCCGUAUUCUAGUGAUCAGAUUGUUACAACCAGAUGUAUAGAUCACAGAUUUAAUAUAUCAAAAUUUUAGAUAACUUGUAUAAAGUUUAAAAUUCGACGAUCAUCUGCAAGGGGAGUUUCUUUGAGAAAGUCUGAUAGUGAAAUUGUUGUCGAAUUAACUUUCAAUACUAUGUGCAACGGAGGAAACAUUAUGAGAUGAGUGUUAUAAUGCACGAAGGUAGAAUGAAGAUAGCUUGUACGGUGAUAACGACGAGCUCGAGGCGAUAGCGAGGUUACCAGAAUCUCUUGCGGGAUUCAACAACGUUUAUGUCAAGGAUAAGUGGGAUGAAUUUUGGAUUUAUAAAAUUUGAUGGAACUCUGGAGUAGCUUGGAUAUUUGACAAGAACGAUAGUGCGCUGUUGCUAAUAUCGGCGAUGGCAAUAUAGUGUUGCUUGAUUCAUUUUAUAAUUGUGAAAUCCUCAGAUGAUGAUGACGAAAAUUGGAUACAUUGAAAUUAAAAAAGAAGUGCACGUUGCAAAAUACGACAGUUAGAGUCACGAAAUUACAAAACAGGAAGGACAUCCUUAAUUCCGCAAUAAGGAAACCUUAUCGAGACGAUUCGAGACUCGCUACACUUAGAUCCAAUGUGUGUUAAGUUGAGCAAGCUAAGGUUGACGUCUUCACGGUUGUGAAAUUUGGCCGCAGUAAGAGUGAUAAAUCUGCGAUAUAUAUACUGAACUUGUAAAAGCUAUUUCGAAUUGGGAUUCGAUAAGGAUGAUCAGGAUUUGUGGAUGGUGGACCGUGACAGAUCUUCCUGUGUAUUACUCGGAGAACUCAUACAGCAACGAGAAGCAAUCCACGGGGCGAAGAAAAAAAGUGUCAUUACUGAAUAAUGGCACCGCCAAAGAGGAAAUCAAAAGGCCGACUCUGGAAGAAACAAAUAAUAGGGCCACGUUAUAGCUAUCAACAACGUCCUAAGCGACAAAACAUUCCACGCCGAGUACAGACUCUUUAUCAACCCACGACUGUACGAGAAAUGGUGUACAGGCUGCUUAACAGCAAACAUAACCAAGGAAAAAAGCAACGAGACCCUGGAAGCGGCAGGUUCCACGGAAGCAUGCGGAAGUAUCAAAAUACACGAGAGUCCUCGUACGAUAGUUCGCCCUAUCGCGAUAGCUCGCCGUCCAUUCAGGACUCAGAGUACACAAAAUCCGUGGCAACGUCCGUGGAGAACUUGUCGAGAGUGAUGGAGGCCACCAAUAGCUCAGUGGGCAGCAGCUCUGGCAACAGCAGCGUUUCGAAUGCCUCCGUGGAACCGAUUGCUCUCGCAAAGACGAUCGAUAACACUAGAGCCUUGCUGAAGAAAAAGUCUUUCGUUCAGGUCAUCAACAAUUACAUCAAGGCCGGAAUAGAGGAAGGAAAACGGCAAGCGAAGAAGUACAUCCGCAAGGCACUUUCUUUCGGCGUGAAAUCCGGUUACCUAAUUCCUGCUGGUCCACAAGGACAAGUGAUACGAGUAUCUCCAACGUUGAUAGAAUCGAAGAAGAGUGACAUAGAGUCACGAAAAAGACGAAGGAGGGCCAGAAGAGGUGAAGAAGACCCGAUAGCUGAUGCCCAGAAAUGGCGUCGAUUGACCCCUGCUUGGGACACGAAGAACAUCACACGCCGUGAAAAUACACCAAAACCGGAAACUCCGCCUCGAAAAAGAAGAAAGACCUCGAAAAAUUCGAUUCAGGCGAAGAAGAGUCCCAGGAAGAAAACCCAGGAACGUACUCCACGGAAGAACAGAAAGAGGAAAGGAAAAAGAGAUAAGUUAAUAAUAUCAACGCUGUCCAAGAGCCCGAGCAACAAAAUCGACGAGACUCAGAAGAAAAUAAGAAGUACGCGAAACUCGUACAAAUACGAUGUGGACAAGGGAAAAGAGGAUCAUAGAAGUCGCAGGACUAAGUCUUCCCGUUCAAGAAAAGGAGAUAAUGAGAAUUUGAAAGAGAAUAAACCAGACUCGAGCAACGAGGAUGCAUACAACGCAGAAUUGAGCGAAAACGAAGAAAUCAACGAAAGAAUGGCAAUAGUACGACAGAAAUCGACGACCAGUCGAGAGGAUGCUUUGCGAAAUAGCAGCGGAUCAUCCGGAAAUCCAGCGAAAAUCGUCGAAGAAAAAUUGGAUGCCUCCUAUGAAGAAAAUAACAAGAACGAUACAAUUGAGAAUUUGGAUUAACUAUUUAUUGUAUAAUUUACUUAGAAAAAAGUGAAGAAAAUGUUGUAAAAGAUUUCUAUACAAUUUUGAAAUAUUAAAUCUAAAAGAAGAAGCUUUUUAUAGAGAUUUAUUGGAUAUCUUUUAACUA